ACCUCCCAGACCUCACAAGCUUGUAGUUACGGCGCUGCCCGCAGCAUCGCAGCGCGCUUGCAAACCUCUACGCGAACAGUAUGCAGCUCUGACGUGACGGGAGACCGUCUGAACAUGAACGAAGGCGAGCAGAAUGCUGCUCGCAGACAACUUGUUGUGUUUGAUUUCGACUGGACCAUGAUCGAGUGCAACUCUGACACUGAAGUUGUGUUCAAGUUCUGUGCUGACAAAGAAAUCUCAAAGAAGAGACUGCAGGAAGCAGCCGCCACGAGGAGCUGGACGAGAGGCAUGGACGAGGAGCUAAAGGCGAUCAGUGAGCUCGACGUUAAGUCCAAGGACAUCCAAGACUUUCUUGCCACCAUCCCCAUCGAGGCAGAGCUUUUGCGCUUCGUGGAGGAGGCAGCACAGGCGGGCAUAGAUCUCCGUGUUCUCAGUGAUGCGAACUCGUUUUUCAUCGAGGGGGUCCUGCAGUCAAAGGGGCUGCUUGGCUGCUUCUCUCGCAUAGUCACUAACCCUGUGACGUUGCAAGGAGAGAGGAUCGUGGUGUCUCCUUUCCACCAGGACGAGCAUCCGGAGGGAUCCUCCUCUCCUCCCAACCUGUGCAAGGGGCGAGUGAUGAAGGAUUGGAUCUCGGAGAGGGAGUGGCACUCCGUUGUCUACUGCGGGGAUGGCGAGGGCGACUACGAGGGCGUUAAUGCGCUGCCUAAGGAAGGGACAGCGCUGGUGAGAAAGGACUGGGGCCUUCACCGCCGCUUAGUUCGAGCAGAAGAGGAGGGGAUAGCAGUGCCGCGUGUUGUUGUGUGGGAGGACCAACGAGAUCUCGCAGCUUCUCUCUUCAAGUUUCUCUAAAUCUUCAACAUUCUAUG